AGGGAUUAACGUUGUUUAUUCGUUAAAUACAGAAACGUGCAAAUACAAUGCGGUCCCUGCGUUCCCGUUCCUGUCUUUUGUUAGAGAGAAAACCGGUUUCUCGUCCUCCCAGUAGAAUUUCCCAUUAGCGUUAGAAACUCCUGCCAUCACGUCUCAAACUGAACAGUGUCCGCUUUCAAUGCUGCUAUGACUUCCUGGAAACACUACAUUCUACGUUGCUUGGUCCUAACUGUCUUGAUUAAAACAUCUAAUUCUGCUGAUAACGAUUGUACUUCACCUUCCAUCAAAACCUGCAAUGACUGCCUCUCUCGUGGACCUGAGUGUGGCUGGUGCUUUCAGGAGGGAUUUCUAGAUGGAGCACAGAUAAAUGAAAGAUGUGACUUUGUUCCCAAACUGGUACAAAAAGGUUGUGAGCUGGAAUUUAUUGAACAUCCUGCAGUUAGAGUGGAAGUGAACACCACUCUGUCCAGCACACAGGUGAUGCCAAAAGAGAUCACAGUUCAGUUGCGAGCAGGCAGUGAAACCAGCUUUGUUUUGGAAGUACGACAGUUGGAACGGUACCCUGUGGACAUGUACUACUUGGUGGAUGUGUCAGCAUCGAUGCAGGACAAUCUAGAUAGGCUGAAGACUGUGGGCAUCACCUUGUCACAGAGGAUGAAGGAAUAUUCCAGUGACUUCCGAGUGGGCUUUGGUUCAUUUGUGGACAAACCAGUCUCUCCAUACAUCAAUGUUCACCCCUCAAAAAUCAGCAAUCCCUGCAGUGACUAUGACACCCAGUGUCGCCCAGCACAUGGGUUCAUCCACGUGCUUCCCGUGACUGAAAACGUGACCGAGUUCACCCGUGUGAUCAAGCAACAGCGGAUAUCCGGGAACAUGGACACACCCGAAGGGGGCUUUGAUGCCAUGCUGCAAGCUGCCGUGUGUCAGAGGGAGAUUGGCUGGCGCCCAGAAGCAAAGCAUCUCCUCUUGGUUAUGACUGACCAGCCCUCUCAUCUGGCCUUGGACAGCAAACUGGCUGGAAUUGUGGUUCCCCAUGAUGGCAACUGUCACCUGGAGAACAACACCUACACCCAGUCUACCAUCAUGGAGCACCCCAGCAUUGGCCAGCUGGCUGAAAAGCUACUUGAAAACAGUAUUUAUUCCAUAUUUGCUGUGGAGCAGGUGCAAUAUAAGUGGUAUGAGGAUCUCAUUCCCUUACUGCCAGGUACCUAUCUGGGAAAACUGCUGCCUAAAGCCUCAAAUCUAAAAGAUUUAGUCAUUGAGGCAUACAAGAAGCUCCUCUCAGAUGUUGAGCUGGAGAUUGUGGUCCCGAACCAUCAAAUCCAUCAAUUUUGGGUCAACAUCACUGCCCUGUGUCCAGAAGGAUCCAGAACCCAGGGCCCAAGCAAAUGCUCCAAUGUCAGACCAAACCAGAUUGUUUACUUCAACAUCACAAUUGGAAUGAAAACUUGCCCUAGUCUAGAGGAAGAGGAGGAGGUUCUAGUCAUCGUCAGACCUGUAGGAUUUAACGAGACGACUGCAGUGAGAGUGAGACCCGUGAGCAGGUGUCAGUGUGGAGAGCGGGAGGACUGCCUCGAUGAGGAGAGGGGCUCGGCCUGUGAUGACGCACUCCACAGACCAGGUCUGAGGGUGGACUGCCAGCCCACUGGCACAGGGCCCGAAUGCAGUGGCAGAGGAACGUGCAUAUGCGGAAAAUGCUCGUGUGACCACAGUGGGCUGGGGACCAUCCAUGGGAAAUACUGCCAGAUCGAUGACUUCUCCUGCCCCUAUGAGCAGGGCCUGUCCUGUGGAGGACGUGGUCAGUGUGUCCUGGGCGAGUGUCAGUGCAGGAACGGCUGGACAGGAGAGAGCUGUGGGUGUCCUCUGUCCACUGAGACCUGUCUGUCAGAAGAUGGGACCCUGUGCAGCGGGCAGGGUAGAUGCAUUUGCGGAAGGUGCCAGUGUGAUGACCCCCGGCGUUCCGGACAGUUCUGUGAGAAGUGUCCCUUGUGCAACGGCUCCUGUCAGUCACACUGGAGGUGUGUGCUAUGUCACCUGUCACAUGACUUUUCAGUCCUGGGAGCAACAGAGUGCAAUAGGACCUGUUCUUCUAUGGUCCACUAUGUUGAUGGCAUUCUUGGAUCCACCAGUGAUAACUCCAAGCUUUGCGUCUACCCAACUCAUGAGAGGUGCCACAGCAGGUUUCAGAUAGGCUCUGUGCAGGGUGUCACAGAGAUUCUCCUCGGCAGGCACCCCGAGUGCAUUUCCAGCCAGCAGUACAUUACUACGUUCAUCUUGGUCUUUCUUCUCACGCUUCUCCUGGGUUUGAGCGUCAUAACCCUGGUGAGAUUCCUGCUGAUUCCCAGACCUCAGACACCUGGAGAAAACACUGUGGCAGUGUUCCAUGUAACUAAUAAGGAGAAGUCCUACGUCCCUACUCCCAGCGAAAAGACUAUAACUUACAGAAGAGAGCAGCCCCUCGAGAUGCACAUCCAUGUUCACAAGAUGCCCCUGAAUCAAGUUUGGCCGUAAGUCACAGUGGACAAUGACCCAACCAAACCACACUCUUCCUGUGAUUUUGAUUCUGCAAGUGCAGCAUGUGUUUAAAAUCUGCUCCGUGAACAACCUAAUACAACAGAAUGACCAUUAGGUUAGUCAGUUAACUCAUUUUAGACUUAUAACAGUAACGAAGGUUAGGACCUGUAGUGUAUAAUUAUUUGUAGGCGGAGAAGACACCUCUUCUGAUAGAUGAUGAUGAUGAUGAUGUGUAACUGGGAUAGACAAGAUAAGUAAACCAUCGCUGGUGGGCAUAUGGUCAGAUAUAACAGCAGUUAUAGAACUGCAGUUUAUAUUCAUUUAGCAUGUGCCAUUGGAGCUGAAGCAGUCAUACUUGAAAUGUUCAAUAGACGUUCUAUCAGUUUCAUACAUCAUAUAUGGUUUAUUUACAUUUUGAAAGAGCAGCUUAGAGGCUGUAGAGCAGUGAUGUCAGGUUUGAUCUUGGAUUGCCAUGGUCCUUCAGUAGGUGAUUUAUGCUUAUUUAAUAUAAUGAAGUGAUGGAGUGGUUUUAACAGUUAUCAGAAACAUUGGGAUCUCAAUGGACACCUCCUGCUAUUUGAUAGUUUGUGUGUUUACUGUCUACUUCAUCAGUGGAUUCCUUGAGCUGAGAUUUAAUGUGUUUUACUUUCAAAGCAAAACAGAGUAAAGCACCUUUCAUUCAAAUCUAUUUAGCUUUCUUUAUGAUGUUAUACCUUCAAUUUGAGAAUUGGGCUUCUAAUAAAUGUUCCAUCAAGGGACAUUUACAGCAUUUUAAACUUUGAAUGUUCCUUCCAACAUACUAAACUCAAGUUUCAGUUUUCAAGUUCCAUUUCUCAAAGCAGUUCACAAUGUGAUUAAAAUUCAGACACUUCAAAUUUGUGGUUUAGGUACACGUAAUACAAGCUAAUAAUGCAGUGCUGUAUUAUUGGUGUAUUUUAAUGUUGGAAAAAAGAGGACAAUAUGGCACAAUUUUGCUCGUCAAUAUUUUUUUUUUAAAUUUGCUUUCAUAUGCGUUUGUUAUUUCUUUAUUUUUUUUGACGAGGUUCACUUCAUGAUAUAAGAAUCCUUUAGAGAUAGGCAAACCCAUUUGAAACAAUAGUACAUUAAGCAUCAGCUUCAAUUAUACUUAAAGUAUUAUUCAAUUGUAUACUUCAGGUGUACUUAAGCAUACAAUUUUUUCACAUGAGCAUCCUACCAAAGGCUGCCAUCUAGUGUCAUAUGGUCAUGAUGACUUGAUUCAAAAACAAAUGGAAAGAAAAUAUUGUAUUCAUAUCCAGUCAUUCUAAAAAUGUUUUAGGGUAUUCAUGAAGCAUAUUUAACACUGAGUAUUGGACUUCUGGUUUAUAAAGCAUUCAUAGGCAAAAAAAUAUUACAAAACAUACUUGUAAUAUAUUAACAUUUGUCUAUAAUUGCUUUAUAAACUGCAAAUGCCAUAUUCUAAUGUAAGGCCAAGUAAUAUAUUCUUCAUUGUGAAGCAUGAUAUAAAGUCUGAGUUAAAAUGUGACCUUGUAUAUUAUACAAUCAAAAUGUUUUCACUUAGGCUAGUGAAUUUCUGAAAGUGAUUUGGCCAGUUUAAAGAACAUUCAUGCUAAUCAAAAUGCACAUGUUUCUUCCCUCUCAUUUUCAAAGAACCAAACCGAUGCUAGCAAUAUUUGGGCUGAUUGUUGAUUGUUUUACAUUUCAAAUGAUGUCUUGUGCCAGUAUUUCAGAAGCAGAGUCCAAACAUAUUUCACAACUUUCUUCAUUGAAAUCUAUUAUGUUAUUUUGGUGUAAAAUCAGUGGUCUGUAUUCUCAGUGGAUUGAAUUGAAAAAUGUUGUGAUCAUUUGUGCAUUACUACUGUUUUAGACUUAGAUAUUGUAAAACAGACAGGGGGGUUGACCUUAUAAUGUCCACCAUGAUGCCUACAUCUGUAGGCCAAUGUGUGACCACCAGAGGGUGCUAUGCUGGAACUAAGCCUAAUGGCACAUAGAAUGACAGAACAUCCCAAGGAUAUAAAGUCAGAGAUUUUCAAGUGAAUACUUCACUUGGGGCAGUAGGCAUUUCCUCCAUCAUUGCACUGGGCAUACCUUGAGUCUGUUAAUAAUAUUUGAGAGUGAAUUGUGCUACCAGGGUGUCAAAUCUUAUCCAGAAAGGGCCAGUGUGGGUGCUGGGUUUUAUCUCAGCACUAAUACACCCAACACUAUUUAUCAAGGUCUUGCUUGAAGAACGUGAUUAGUUAAUUUGUUGAAUCGGGUGCUGGCCUAAAGCAAAAACCUACCCCCACACUGGCCCUUAAAUAAGAUUGGACCACCUCUGUGUGGAUAGUUACCUUAGGAGAAAUAUUGAUGACUAUUCAGUCAUUGGAGUACCCGCCCCUUAUGUUUGUCUUAUGAAAUCAAUGUUAACAUUUGUUUACAUUAGCUGCUGUUCAUGUUUUGUUGUAACACUAAUAUAUGUAUUUAUUGAAAGGCUUUGUGUUAAUGUUUCGAGUUCAGAUGUAUAUUAAUGUGUACUUUGAGUUAUUUAAGUUCUUGGGUUGUAAACAUUUUAACUACACAGAGCUAAUUGCUUCUCAUAUUUAGCAAAAUGUGUAAUCUCCAUGUUUACCAUGUAGUUUCAUCUAAAUAUGAUAUUACGGUCAGUGAAUUCCAACACACUUUUGGACCAUAUUGUCAAAGAUUUGAAUUACAUUUCACAUGAUGAUUUGGCUAAUAAGAAACCCCUAUAACCAAAAUUACACUGGCCACAGAUCAUCUGGGAGAUAUGGGCUAAUGAAGUUUGUACUUAUUAUUGUGACUCCAUGACUUUGAUCUCCAUUAAUUGCUCCAUUUAAUUACUGUUAAAACACUAUCAGUACAAUAAAAAUAUUUUCUGUUGUCAUUUUAUGUCUGGUUUUCCAUUUUUGUUUCACUGUUAGACGGAUGCAUAACCAAUAAAGCUUUAGGUUGGUGUCAGUGCAAUCAAAAUGAGUAUAUCAUAUUUUUUGAUGACAUUGUGAUUCCCAUGUUGUGCUUUUGGUGGGGGGGUUUGUUCAACUUAAUCUUCUAAAUCAGAGAUCAGAUCAUGGUCCAGAACUGCUGCUUUUCCACCCUCCCUUAACAGGGAGUCAGAUGUGAAGACAGACUGGCCAAUCAGCAACGCUUAUUGUUCAGUGAAUUACCCGGUAGCAAAGAAAACCAUGGCUGGAUUUAGAUUUGAGGUCCAGAUUUGUCCCUGUUCUAAAUAAUGAAAACAAUUGCUGUGGUGUGCUACACAGUAUAGCAACAUUGUAAUUAAUUAGUGAUAUAAACCAUGUGAUUCUACUUCAGAUAAGUAAUGAUAUCUCAGCUAUGCCUCAAAUAUCCAAGACCAAAUUUUCUAGAGAUGGUGAAAUUAUAACCUAACUUUGGUGAAUGAAUCAAUUUUAAAACAGAUUUAAAAAUUAUAAUCACUCCACUCUGUUACCUUUCAUGUAAAAGUUAGAGCUGAUGAAGACCUAUAUAGUGAUGGAAAAUCCAUUUCUCUAGGACUUAUAGUAAUGGAGAUGGGCCAAGUCAAAUUCAUGGAGUCAUGCUAAUUAGUGCAAAUUUUGUUAGCCAAUAUCUCCCAAAUGUGGAAUCCAAGACGAGUAUAAUUUCAGUUUCAUGCCCAGUCUAAUUAAAUGCAGUCCAAAAGUGUGUUGAAUUGACUUAGACAUACCCAUUAUCAAGAAAACAAGAUUCAUAAUUUUGAAAACAGUAUUAAAUUGCAAGCUUAGGGCAUUAUCGUAGUCAUGAAGAAGAAAAGUAUGAUCGUAAGACAUCAAAUGCACCUGUUUAAUUUGUUACUUUCUGUAAAUGGUAUCUUGAGAUCUAUGAAUAUUAGAGUAUUCUUAAUAAAACACAAUGGUACAAUAAA